AGAAAAGGCCUAUUAAUUAAUUAAUUAAAGUAUGAUAAGAGAAAGGAAAGAUUAAAAAAAAAAGCUGCUGGAAUCCAUACUUUUAGAGAAAGGAAAGAUAAGGAAGAAUUGAUACUUGUCAUUACAAUUGCCGGAAUCCACUGGAGCAUCUAUAAAAAGCUGCUACAUAAUUGCCGGAACCAGUCCGUCCUCUGAUUUCGCAAAUGAGAGUGGAAGAUUUUCCAGACCGUGCAUGCAACGACGCCGUCUUACCGAUGCCCGGAGUGCCGGAGACGCCGCCGCAGACCGUGGAACUGCACAGAGUUUGUGUGCCCCCGCACAGGACAACCGCCCGGAAACUAAGGCAGAGAUUGGGAGAUAUCUUCUUCCCCGACGAUCCUCUCCACAGGUUCAAAGGCCAAACGAGGGUUAAGAAACUGCUUUUGAGUCUCCAGUUUUUCUUCCCGGUUCUGGAGUGGGGCCCGAAUUAUAAUCUCCGGCUUCUGCGUGCUGAUGUCGUAGCCGGCCUCACAAUUGCCAGCCUUGCCAUCCCUCAAGGCAUCAGUUAUGCAAAACUUGCAAAUUUGCCACCUAUCAUCGGACUCUAUUCCAGUUUCGUCCCGCCGCUGGUAUACUCUGUUCUCGGGAGUUCUAGGCAUCUGGCCGUGGGGCCGGUGUCCAUAGCCUCUCUUGUCAUGGGCACAAUGCUUAGUGAGGCACUUCCAUAUGGUGAAGACCACCAUGUUCUCUACCUUAAAUUGGCUUUCACGUCCACAUUUGUUGCUGGAAUAUUUCAAGCUUCUUUGGGCUUCUUCAGGUUGGGAUUCCUUAUAGAUUUUCUAUCAAAGCCCACUCUUUUGGGGUUCAUGUCCGGAGCUGCGGUCAUUGUUUCUUUGCAACAAUUGAAAGGCUUGCUUGGGAUUGUCCAUUUCACUAAUAAGAUGCAAAUUAUUCCUGUUUUGUCCUCAGUUUUCCAUCGCACGGAUGAGUGGUCUUGGCAAACUAUUGUGAUAGGAAUGCUUUUCCUCAUACUCAUGUUGACAGCGAGGCAAUUUAGCAUUUGGAAACCAAAAUUCUUUUGGAUUUCAGCGGCAGCACCACUGACAUCAGUCAUUUUGUCGACUGUCAUAGUCGCACUUCUUGGGGCUAAGGCUCACGAAAUUGCUACUAUUGGUCAUCUACCUAAGGGUCUGAAUCCACCUUCAUCAAAGAUGCUAUACUUUGGUGGUUCUUAUCUGAUUCUUGUUAUCAAGACUGGCAUUGUAACCGGUAUCUUAUCACUCACGGAAGGAAUUGCAGUAGGAAGGACAUUUGCUGCUUUGAAAAACUACCAAGUUGACGGGAACCAAGAAAUGAUGGCUAUUGGUCUUAUGAAUAUGGUCGGAUCAUGUUCUUCGUGCUAUGUUACGACAGGGUGCGGAGAAGUUCCAGUUGACUUAGACGACACUUGGGGUCGUCCUUACUUGACCCCGUGCCGUUCCAGCAGGAUCUUGUGAAAUUCUUACGUAGGGAUCCAUGGAUUCUUGGGAGGCUAGUGUUAGUCCGGAUCAGCUGGCGCUAACAUAAAAAAAAUUGAAAUAAUAGAUCAUUUUCGAGAUCUGCGGUGAACUACAAUGCUGGAGCACAAACAGUAGCGUCAAAUAUAAUAAUGGCAACAGCCGUUCUGAUCACUCUACUGUUCCUCAUGCCAUUGUUCCACUACACACCAAACCUCAUAUUGGCAGCCAUUAUUAUCAGUGCUGUGAUUGGACUUAUCGAUUACCAAGCUGCUUUCCGGCUAUGGAAAGUUGACAAAUUUGAUUUCUUGGCAUGUAUCUGCUCCUUCUUUGGCGUCCUUUUCAUCUCCGUGCCCCUUGGCCUUGCCAUUGCAGUUGCAGUUUCUGUGUUCAAGAUUCUUUUGAAUGUGACAAGGCCCAAUACUUGUGUUCUCGGAAAAAUUCCAGGAACUCAGGUAUAUCAAAGCCUAAGCAGAUAUAGAACAACCACUAGGAUACCUUCUUUUCUUGUACUCUCAGUGGAAGCUCCUAUCUACUUUGCAAAUUCCACCUACGUACAGCAAAGAUUGCUGAGAUGGGUCCGAGAAGAGGAAGAGAGGGCCACAGAAAACGGAGAAAGGCCAAUCAGAUGCAUAGUUGUUGACAUGUCAGCUGUUACAGCCAUAGACACAAGUGGUAUAGAAACAAUCCGGGAACUGAAAAUGGUGUUAGAGAGACGGUCGCUUAAGCUUGUAUUGGCUAAUCCUUUGGAAAACGUUGUGGAAAAGUUGAGCAAGUCCGGCUUUCUUGCAGAGCUUGGCAUGGACGGGUUAUACAUGACGGUUGCAGAAGCUAUUGCAGACUUGUCCAUAUUGAAGCCUACUACUCCUACUGUUAAUGAACCGUGAAACCACACGGGAACUCAUAUUUGUAGCUCCACCCACCCGGAUGUUAGGGUUGUUUCAAUUGUAUGCUCUUGUAGAAGGUGGGGUUUCAAUUUGAUGAAAUUACCGAAUAAGUGAGGAGUAAAAACUAGUGGUUCAAUUCUCCUAAACAUAGUAUGUAUCAUGUUUCCUCUAAAUAGCAAUAAAGCAUUGUUAUAUGAAAGGGGAAUUCUAUUUGCAGCCUCACUUUCACUAAACACAGCCCCUUCUUUCCGUAUUAAUUAAAAUCAAUUCAUAAUUCCCA